AGAUCUACGUUGAAGAGGUUGAUGAGAAUGGCUACCCAUCCCGUCGCCGUUCUCUGGUGGUCGACGCCCGUUUUGAAACCAUCGUAGUCAAGCAAACCAAACAGACCGUUCUUGACGAGGCCCGCGUAAAGGCCAACGAUUCUAGUUUGGAAAACUCCGUUCCACAGGCCCAAGAACAGCAUCCACAAGUUGACGAACUUCCGUGCAAACCGGAAGAAACUGUAUCCAGUGAUGCACAAGAUGAAGAGAAAAACGCUGGCCUAACGGAGGAAGAAGUGGUACUGCAAAAUGCCGCAUCGGAGUCACCAGAAGCCGAGAAGGAGGUUGUCCGUGCCGCCGUCGUGGUUCGUUUGCGGGACGGCAUGGGCUCUCUAGGACGUAUCCUUAAGGCGGUCGAAACGUUCCAUGGUACCGUCGCCCAUCUGGAGUCGCGUCAGUCCCGUAGCGAGGGUGUCAUGUUCGAUGUGCUCAUCAAGGUGGACAUGGCCCGCGUCAAUCUGCUACAGUUGAUCCGUUCGCUGCGACAGAAUUCUUCGUUUGGCAGCGUUUCACUGCUGGCCGAGAACAAUGUCAGUGUGAAAGCUCCCUGGUUCCCGAAGCACGCUUUCGAGCUGGACAACUGCAACCACCUGAUGACCAAAUACGAACCGGAUCUGGACAUGAACCAUCCCGGUUUCGCUGAUCAGGUGUACCGCGCUCGCCGGAAGGAAAUCGCCGAAAUCGCAUUCAGCUACAAAUACGGAGACCCCAUCCCACACAUCGAGUACACCGCAACCGAGAACAAGACCUGGUCGGCGGUGUUCACCCGAGUCAAGGAGCCAAUGCAGAAGCACGCGUGCAGCGAGUACAUUGGCAUCUUCAGGAAGCUCGAGGACAAGAAGAUCUUCGUCCAGGAGCGCAUCCCACAGCUGCAGGAGAUGAGCGAUUUCCUGCGCAAGAGCACCGGAUUCACGCUUCGCCCGGCCGCCGGUCUGCUGACCGCUCGGGACUUCCUGGCGUCGCUGUCGCUCCGCAUCUUCCAGAGUACGCAGUACGUGCGCCACAUCAACUCGCCAUACCACACACCAGAACCCGAUUGCAUCCACGAGCUGCUGGGCCACAUGCCUCUGUUGGCCGACCCGAGCUUCGCUCAAUUCUCACAAGAAAUCGGAUUAGCCUCGCUGGGAGCAUCGGAUGAGGAAAUCGAAAAGCUUUCCACGGUGUACUGGUUCACGGUUUAGUUCGGUCUGUGCAAGGAGAACAACGAGGUCAAGGCCUACGGUGCAGGUCUGCUGUCCGCCUACGGUGAGCUGCUGCACGCCAUCAGCGACACGCCGGAGCACCGCCCAUUCGACCCGGCCAGCACUGCUGUCCAGCCGUACCAGGAUCAGGAGUACCAGCCGAUCUACUACGUCGCCGAGAGUUUCGAGGAUGCCAAGGAGAAAUUCAGACGCUGGGUCUCGACCAUGUCCCGCCCGUUCGAGGUACGCUUCAACCCACACACCGAACGGGUGGAGGUGCUUGAUUCCGUCGAGAAGCUCGACACCCUAAUCUCCCAGAUGAACACCGAAAUCCUGCACCUAACGAAUGCGAUCGCCAAGCUGCGACAUCCGUUCUGCUGAGAUCCGUUCUAAGGUAGCUGCCAACCAGCCAGGGCGCCUUGUGGCCCUCACCGGCCGCAUACAGCCAACAUACGAACGACAAUACUCGCAACUUUAUUUUGCACCUUAAGCACCACCUUCAUCACUAUUGGGAAAAUCUUCCACCCGGGGUCACCUUUGCAACCAGGACAUUGUUAGUAUUCAGCAAACAUCCUUCGCCUUCGCCUAGGACGCUAGGCGGAGGGCACCACAACUCGAAUCAUCUAAGCAGCUAACGUUCAUAUUUUCCGGAAAAUAUGAACGCUUCCAAACACCAGCAGGAUCCUGAAAUCUCUCGAAACACUUCCAGGCCCAACUUUGGCGUUCGAACAAAAUUUCGCGUUCUGAGUGUUAAAACUUGCGUACAGCGAAAGUCUUAAAUUCCUCCGUCUCUCCCACAGAUUUUGCAUCCCUCUUUACUACCUUUAUUUUGGAAGUCGAAAGUUCAGAGUCCUUAGAAUCGCCCCUGCUGCGUAUGUCCCACCACUCCGCCCUCGUUGCAACAAGAGCCCCCCUGUUGUACAUCGUUCACUGUAGAGUAGGAAUUUUGUUUUCAGGAAGCCUAUCUUUUAAUUAAAGAGCGUACCUUAAGUAUUAUUUACUAUUUAAAUUAGUGUAUACUUAAAUUACUCCAUAUAUUUUUGAGCUAGAACA